AUGUCCAAUCAACAAAUAAUUCGUUCACUUAGAGAUAUUCUUAAUCUUACUGAGAAAGGUGAACAAGACUGGAAUCAUGGGGAUAUGAAAAAGCUUGUUUCUGCAACAGGAACUUUAUAUGCAAGUUCGGUAAAUAAGAUUGCAUUAAAACCGGAUGAGGAGACUGCAAGGUAUCACAUCUGUGCAUUCAUAGCAGCAGAAAAAUUACAUGAGAAAUAUUCACCAGAUUUGAAAUUUUCAACGAAUAAUAUACCAUUGGAACCUAAAAAGGUACGUCAUUUAUUACAGAUUUUCAAGAAUACUAUUUUUCAAUCCUCACCUGUGAAGAAUAUUAGUUGGACGCCAAGUCCCAAGAAGAAACGAAAUGACAAAAAUAGUCCCGUCAAGGAUAAUGGCCGAUUUACUGCUAAAGAUCCUAAACAAUUGAGGAAAGAAUUAUUUGGCGCGCCAACAAAGGUUACACCUUCAAAGAAUGUUCCGUCAUUAAGUAAUUCCCCUACCAAAAGCUCAACAAAUGAUGAUGAUAGCCCUACAAAAGUAAGAAGGAAACUAGCAUUCGAAGAAGAUUCAGGGGAUGAUGAAAAUAAUGCCAUACAGGCAUCAGAUAAAGAUCGUGUGGUUAAUGCCAUAAAUAAUAAAGAGUAUACUACGGAUGAUAAUACUGAUGGAGAAGAAGAAGGAGAAGAACAAUACAACAAUGAUGAAGGAUUCGAGACUGCAAAUGAAGACACCCCGAGUCGUGUGGAUGCUGACGAUAAUGAUGUAGAGGAAUCUCCCGAAAGAUUGAUUAAGAGGAGGAAAAGAAGCCCUAAUAAAAAAACCGGACGACCUUAUUCCAAAAUGUGUCUACUGUCUAGAAAAUAUUAUAAAGUGAAACCAAUCGAAGUUAUUGAACUUUGUAACCAAUUUGAAUUACCACAAGACGUGGCUUACAAUGUUCUAGAACAGUACAUGUCUUACGCUUCCUAUUUAGUCUGUCCAUGGCAAUUGGUCUGCGGUCUCGUAAUGAAUUGUGUCUUUGUUGUAUUUAAUGAAAAGAGACGUCAAGACCCGAGAAUUGAUCACCGUAUAAUUGAAAGGAUAUGCCUUUUGAUGAAAGCGGAUAAUUAUGAUGAUGUUAGUGAAUGCAUCAAGAUUGUUAAAGAAUUGAUUAUUGGUGAAAGGUGGUUCCGUGACUUACAAAUCAAACAUAAUUGCUUUGAAGGUGGUAGUUACGAGGAAGUCAUAUCCGUCAAAUUAGGAUCAAUGUUUCAACCGAAUAAAAGUUUAGUAUCAGAUGAACAAUACGAAAAUUGGUUGAAUAAAGUCAAGCAAGAUAUAGAUCUAAGAGAUAAUUAA